UAGACAUCAUACAUUGUAAGUAGAUGCAAAUCACACUUUCUGUGAGUUUCAAUUUGGUUGCUAUUUAUGUAUAUACGGGUUGGAUCUAGACUCGUUUUUUGACUCAUUUGUCAAUUUCUUGAAGUUAGUAAUGAGACUAAAGAGCCGGAUCCUACAUCUGCUUUGAGAUCACUUAUAGGUCACUGACUUACAUUGUACAUCAUAAAUCUGCUGGCCCAUUGUGCUGUCGAACAAAGCACUUGUUUAUCGCCGUGUUUAUGACUGGUAUGCUGAGAACCCACCACUUCUGUUUGAUCUCCACUUGAUCUGGAGAUAUCUACUGCGAUCAGAUCAAAACAAGUCUGUGUACCGUCCGGGCAGGAGCGCGGAUUGUCCGCCGGUUCUAACGUUAGCUACAGGCCUGCAGUGCCUGGUACUGAGCUCUAUUCCUCAUCGUUCUUUAGGGGAUUUUGCCGAUGAGAAAUUAUUAAAGGGUGGCUUCCUACGUAUUUCAAUAUGUGGGGUACUACGGUGUGCAUCGCGGUGGCGGCGCUGUUGCUCCUAUGUGGUCCGUCUACAUCUGUGGCAGACAGCCCUAUUCCAAGGAUUUUGUGUCCCAAAGAUGUUUUUGUGACCCUUGGUCGUGGGUAUGACACGGCAGACGUUAACCUGCCCACUCCAUGGUCAAAUUACAGGAACAUCACCGUGAGUGAUGGGUACCAGAUAGGUGACAAUGCGUUUCCGGCGGGGAAGACAGAAGUCACCUUCUCUGUGGUCUCUCCGGAGGGGGAGCGAGACAGUUGUGCCACCAAAAUAUAUGUCGACGACCAAGAGCGCCCCAGAGUCUAUGGCUGCCCGUCAUCCUUCUCCACGGAGAUCGCCACCACCUAUGCGAGGGUGGAGUGGGAAGAACCGAUCUUCACGGACAAUGUUGGAGUGGUCAACGUGUGGCAAAGUGAAGAAACCAACCAGACGUUUACUUGGGGUACUUUCCGGGUGACUUACAUUGCCACCGAUGCGGUAGGCAAUUCAGCUGAGUGUACGUUUACAGUGGAAGUCAAACGUAAGAGCUGUGGACUUCCGACUCCACCCGACAACGGCUACAGCAACUGCGACCUGUGGGCGCGGGGGAAGUUCUGCUCGCCCGAGUGUGAGGAGGGUACGGUACCUGCCGACGGAGAGGAGAUGCGGACAUACGCCUGCGAGGCCGAUGGAGAGUGGAGACCGUCCCGGAAGAUUGUCGACUGCGUUGGUUUUUCCAGUCCUACCAAUGGACAGUGUGAAGAAGGAUCUGUACUGCACCGUAAAGGGAGGAAGCGGCUGUGUUUGAACUGCGGCCGGGGAACCUACCAUGACAGCGCCGUGGACGCGUGCCAGCCCUGUCCGGUGGGUACGUACCAGGACCAGGAGAGAAAGACAGCCUGUAUCCCGUGUCCUGAUGGACUCACUACCGAUGCAGUAGGCACCAAAUCUAUUCAGAUCUGCAAAGGGGAGAGCUUACCAUCACCAACCGAGCUUCUAAACAUGCCUCAGGCCGACAUCGAGGGUGUGUACCCCAUCUCCACUACCUGCAGGCUUCAACUCAACAACGACGACUGCAAGACAGAGAUCAGCAGCGACCCGGCGGAUUGCUUAACAGUGCGUGAGUUGGUCGAAACUGCACUUCCCGACUGGAAGCUAGGCGACGCUUUCUCCAUCGGCGGAUCGCUGAACCCCUUCAAUUGGAUCAUCUCCAACAGCUACUUCGAUCGUUGUGAGGAAGAACUGUCCAUCUCCACCGGGUCUACAGAAGCCGUUACCAUAGUCCCCUCUGUGCUUACACUCGAGAGAUUCUCUAUAAACGUCAGAUACUUCAUUCCUACCAAAUCGUUCGAAGUAAAGUUCACAGGUUUGUGGAAGAUUGGGAGUAUAUUGUUUCGGUUGACGGUAGAGAAGUCUGAGGGAGGCUUUGUGGUGAUUGGUGAGCCGGUAGAUACCGUCAUUCCUGUAGGGAGGCUCAUUUCUGGCUUAGCGUCAUCCCUGUUGCCUGGCAACGACGCAAGGGAGACCUUCAAAAGUGUCAAUCUCGACAAGUUUGUGAUGGAAAACAUAAAACUGACGGCCGUUUUCGGCAACUCUGGGUAUGGUCUACAGGUGGCGUUCGACACGGGUAUCGGUAAAUCCCGUGUUUUUGCCUCACUUGAUUCGAUCAAAUUUGGCGACAACCAGACGAAGGUGUUCUCCGUGGCCCUUUCGAUUAAGUCUAUCAGCUUCGGUGACUUGAUCAAGCGCUUUACAAACGAAGGUGUUGAAGUGCCCGUCUUAAGUGAUCUUGAGCUUCCGGAGGCAGCCUUUCUUCUUUCCACUAAAACGGCCCCUUUCUUGAUCUCCUCUUACCCUGACUCGCUUCUACAGAUGAUGCCAGGCGUGUCAGCUGGUCUCAACGUGGUAUUCCAACUGAAAUUAUCCGAUGGCGAUCCUUUAGGUUCAUUCUAUCUUGCUGUGUGGAAGAGAAGGUUCCAGUUCCAACUCCUUCCUGGAUCUGUCGUCCGAGUAGGAUCGCUCUUAAACAAGAUGCUACAGUCAGUCUCUGUCAUAGAGCUCCCCAGUAAGCUCGCCCUAGACGAUGUGUUGUCCAGCACCUUACAGGGGUUCCAGUACGACGGAAACACGAGAACCUUUACCAUCCCUGUGGCCAUAGAAACUUCUCUCACUAUCAUACCGAGCGUACUUGUCCUGGAUAAUCUCCACGCGACUUUUCAUAUCGUGAGAGGCCAGUCCACAGCGGGCGGUCUGAAUCCUCAACCCGGAGCUGUAGUGUCUCGUCCCGGUACUGCUGUCACCCAAGCUGAAGGAACGGGCUUAAGUUUUGAACUAACAUCCGUGUGGUAUAUAGGUAAUGUAAAAACAGCACUGUCCAUAGCAAAGCCUCCAGGAGCCAACGUGUUCAUCGCCGAAGGAGCCCCAGAGCUCGACAUAGAAAUUGGAAAGUUGAUAGAGGAUUUCGGAGUUGCACUACUUCCCCCAGGUCCGAUGGAAGAUGGACUGAAAAGCAUAGGUCUUGACGCCUUUAAGGUGGUAAAUCCAAGCGUUUCUUUGGUCAUGGGGAAAGACUUUGUCUUGAAGCUAGCUGGAGAUGCAGUCGUCAACGAUUGGAGAUGCACCGUUGAGGUUAUCGUGGGGUCCCUGGGAGGAACUGUCUCAAUGGCAACCGGUCUUGUUCUCGAGCGUAUUGGGAUCGUCGAGCUGGUGAAGACACUGACGAACGACAAUGUGGAUUUGUCAAUCAUUCCCGGCGCUUCCAUCCUGUCCAACGCUCAAGCUGCCUUCGUGGUGUCCUCAUCGGAUAUGUCCAAAUUGAACGAAUACUUGCGAUUUUCCGCUCCCCUGCUCUCCAGCAUCGAUAUUGUAGAUGGCAUAGGUGUCGUGGCCUCGUUCAAAUUCCCUCCGAACUGCGGACAGGACGAGUUCUGUAAGGUUGCAAAGAGGCUUUUGGGGAAGCAUGUCGAGCUCAUGAUCUACGGCGCCCUGUCAAUAGACCGCGUGUACAUGAAGGCUGUUAUUCCUACUCCCAUCCGCAUUUUCCACGGAGCAGACAUUCGGGAUGUCGGGUUUGAGAUACAGUUGGCGAGGCCCCCCGAGGAAACGUACAUAGGCAUCACCGGUUCCCUGCAGCUGGACCAACCUCCGCUUCUCUUCACGGGUCGGUUUGGUCUCUCCAACAAAGGCGUGUACUUGGGGAUGUCGUCAGUGGGGUGGUGGUACAAUGCCUUCGGUCUUUCCUUCCUAUCCAUUGGGUACUUAAACUUCGAGAUUACCAUCAGUCCAGACCCUAUUCUCAUAGCGGGGAUCGACUUUGGAGGUCAGGCGGUGAUCGGGUUCAACAGGUCGGACGCGGAGCCAAUCAGAGCAUCACUGUAUGUUGGCAUCAACAGGAUUGCCCCGCUUCAGAGCUACUGCAAAGGCAGCAUCACCAAGCUCACCAUCCCUUCUAUCCUUGCUGCUUUCGCUUACCGGCCGAAUCUACCAGGUUUCCUCGACGAGAUAGGCUUCACCGAAGGGGUGGAGUUCUCCUUCUCGGCUAUAACGCGAACUCUUCCAAACGGAAUUCUUAUUCGCCAAGGGUUUUUCUUUAAAGGGAAAUUAGAAAUUUUAUUCUUCAAGGUCACUGCCGACAUUGCCAUCGACAAGACGUCGAUCUUUGCCAAUAUGACCGUCGCACCAUUCAACAUUGCCAACGGCUUGAUAGCAAUCGAGGGACGUAGCCCCACACAAGGACCGCGCCUCCUCGUAGACAUCGGGUGGCUUCCGCCGCGCGCCAAGCUCAUGAUCGAAGGUAGCGUGACAGUUCUUUUCAUUAAACGAACAAUCAACAUCACCAUGGACGAGCAGGGAACGCGCUUCUUCAUCGAGGGCAGCUUCCUGAAUCUGUUCCGAGCGUCCCUGGAAGUGGCGGCCAGCUACGGUUCCAUCAAGACAGCAUCCUUCCAGGUGACGGGACAGAUGCAGCAGGACCUCUUCCGCAAGCUGAGGGAGAAAGUCGAGAAUGCCAUCGAUGGGUACGUCAAAAGAGCAGACGAGGCCAUCGAUGCCGCUAAAGCCAAAGUCAGACAGGCAGAAGUCAACUGGGACAUCGCAGUGAAAGAUAUACAAAAAGCCCAAAGGAAGGUUCGCGCUGCGGAAGUCCACUGGGACCGCGCCGUUGCCUGGUUUGAUGAAAAAAUAAAGGACGUGAGGGGAGCCGAGAGGCACUGGGACGAUGCUGUUGCUAAACUGCGUCAUGAAAGGUCAAAGUGCAGGUUCAAGAAAUGCAAAUGGUAUGAAGCCUGGUGCCAUGCAGAAAAUGCUGGUCGCGCCAUUUGUCAAGGAGCACUGUGGUUGGCUGAGCAGGUAGUGGACAAGAGUCGGUAUCUGUUGGAUGUUGCGAUCUUUGCGAUGAAAGCAGCCAGAGAAAUAGUCGACAAAAGCCGCAUACUGCUCGACGCAGCCAUUCUAAUCCUUAAAGGUGCCGAAGAGUUCGUAGACAAAUCACGUGUAAUCCUGGAUGUAGCUGAGGGUUUCCUUGAGGGCGUGAAGCAAGCAAAUCGCUUUGGAGCAGCGGUGGCGAAGAAGGUGGCGGGUGCGGUUCUAGGCGGGAUAAUAGACAUCCAGGAGAUCGGCUUCAGCGUGAAACUCGCCGUCGCACAGAGUGGACACUUCCGGGGGUGGAUCAAGGUGGCUUUCUUCGGCGGGAGCCCGAAGGAGUUCAGGUUUGACAUCAAUCUUCCGUCGAUCGAAGACAUGGUGAGCGCCCUCGUGGACAUGGUCAAAAACGCGCUCGGGCUUCGUCGAAAACGGGAAGCCGACCGCUUGGAGUUCGAGCGACUCCUGCGUCUGAAGUCGACCAAGCUGUGCGAAAGCAUCGGGCCCAUGCCAUGUGCACCGAAUCACGUUAAACUGGCGCAAAUGGUCGACUACAGGGCUGCCCUACUCGGGGCUAGAGUGAUCCAUGGAAACAUGGUUCCUAUCGUGAAGUAGUGGACAAUUUUGAUUCUUUAUCGUGAUCGGAUCAAAAUUGGCAGAAUGUGUGUGUUAUCGCUAUUGUUUGUCGAAGGUAUUUUCGGCGACCUAGUCUUCUCAAGCAUUUCGCUUCGAGUUCGCCUAUAGAAGAAGAUACAAAAGACAUCAUAUAAUUUGGUAACAGCGCACUGUAUACAACGUAAACGCAAAAUCUCCUCUAACUAGUACUGGGAAACCAAUGCUAAGUAUACCGUUUGUAUAUGAACACACCUUAAAUAAUUUGGAUGUUUUACAUAUUUUUCACUGUCGCUACAAUCACCAUUGCUGCACUUGUCGCCAAGUACAGAGUGAUUACAAAAUAGACUUUCACAUCAUGAGGCUGAAAGGCUUUAUUUGCGCACAAGUGAAGCGAAACAACAAACCUGUUAUAAUCAUAAUGAAACAUCAAGGGCACGAUCAAGAUGUAUGAGACGUCAAGAUAGAAAUGACGAGAAAUAAUUACAUUAUGUCAAAAAUGACUACAGGGUUUGUGCUACAAGCUUUAGACAACGAUUCAAAUGCAUUGGUAACGUGUUGAGGUAAACAUAACAUGUUAUCUUUCUCCUAAUGAUCACUUUAUAAUCACAGCUAACAGUAAUUUGAAUUGUAGGCCAGCUGAUGGCAAACUUGUAAGAACACGUAAUGAUCACUGCAAAACUCACUACAUACAUGUAGGUAACGAAAACAGUUUCGUUCGUCUGACUACUGUAUACGUGAUACACAGUGUCCCUAUUUUCACUGUGUCUUAAUAAGAUAUCUAUCCAUUCAAA